AUGGGGAAGCAAAUCCAUUUUGGAUUUAAAGUGGAAUUAAAGCCCCAAACAGUGAUCACAGAGGUGGAGGUCACCUCCUGCCCCUCUUUCACGGGUACAUGGGGGGCACAGCUGCUGGAAGUGGAUGGGAAUGAUACAGUGAAUAGAAGGCACAUUUUGAUCUCACAGUUACUCCUGUUUCCACUCCAGGAUGCAUUCCAGGCUUUCCAUAUCAAUCCCACCUUGGUGCAAAAGUUUCUCAAGCCGUUGCUUAUUGGAGAACUUGCUCCAGGGGAGCCCAGCCAGGACCGAGGUAAAAACUCCCAGCUGGUGGAGGAUUUCCGGACCCUGAGGAAGACUGCAGAGGACAUGAAAUUGUUCAGAGCAAGCCCUUUGUUCUUCUCUCUUUACUUGGGCCACAUUAUUGCAAUGGAAGUGUUGGCCUGGCUGAUGGUUUCAUACUUUGGUACUGGCUGGAUCACGACCCUCAUCCUGGCCUGCAUCCUUACGACUUCCCAGGCCCAGGCAGGGUGGCUGCAACACGAUUUUGGACACCUGUCUGUCUUUAAGAAAUCUUCCUGGAACCACAUCGUCCACAAGUUUGUCAUUGGACACCUGAAGGGUGCCUCUGCAAACUGGUGGAACCACCGGCACUUCCAGCACCACGCCAAGCCCAACAUAUUCCACAAGGACCCAGAUGUGAACAUGCUGCACGUUUUUGUCCUUGGAGACACACAGCCUGUCGAGUAUGGCAAGAAGAAGCUGAAGUACCUGCCUUACAACCACCAGCACGAGUACUUCUUCCUCAUCUUCCCACCUCUGCUCAUCCCCGUGUACUUCCAAAUCCAAAUCAUCUCGACCAUGAUCAGGCGCAGGUUCUGGGCGGACCUGGCCUGGGCCAUCAGCUACUACCUGCGCUACUUCAUCACAUACAUCCCCUUCUACGGCCUGCUGGGAUCCCUGUGCCUCCUCACGUUCGUCAGGUUUCUGGAGAGCCACUGGUUCGUGUGGGUCACCCAGAUGAACCACAUUCCAAUGGAAAUUGAUUCUGAGAAGCACAGAGACUGGCUGAGCUCUCAGAUGGCAGCCACCUGCAACAUCGAGCAGUCCUUCUUCAACGACUGGUUCACCGGGCACCUGAAUUUCCAGAUCGAGCACCACCUGUUUCCAACAAUGCCACGGCACAAUUUCUGGAAGGUGAAGCCUUUGGUGAAGUCGUUAUGUGCCAAGUAUGGAGUCCAGUAUGAGGAGAAGCCUCUUGGGAAAGCUUUUGUAGACAUUGUUGGGUCCCUAAAGAAAUCUGGUGACCUGUGGCUGGAUGCUUAUCUCCACAAGUGAACAUGAGUCUUGCUGGGGAGGUAGCUGGCGAUUGUGGAAAGUCCUUUUUGCACUUCAUAGGAUGAAAUUAGGGAAAUUACUUUUAUAGCAGGGAUAGGUUUCUUUAUCAGCCUUCACACAGCUCGGGAACAAUAAUGCUGCUUUCCCUCAUCCUAGGGAAAAGCACUACAGAAAAGGAAACCUUCCUGUCCAAGAUUUGCCUGGCCACUCAAACUCAGCCUCCAGACUGUUCGGGGAGGCAACUGGGGACAAAAUUGCUGUGAAAACUUCAUAGAAGCAUUGAACAGUUUUUCAGGAGUCAAUUUUCUGCCCAUUCAUGGCUCAUCCAGGGCUAUGGUGAGCAGCUUUUCUAACCCACAGCUUGGACCCAGUGCUUUGGUGGCCUGAGAUCAACACCAUCAGUGAGUUUUAGGUCACACACCAUUUGAGGACAAUGCCAUCAGUGGACCUGAGGUCAGCCCAGAGGCUUUAACAGAACUGGGAGGCUGUUAGUUCUCCCAAAUAACCCCAUUUGGACCUCAACCAUCAGCAGGAGCAACACAACAGCCUGAGGCUGUGAGUGGGGAGUGGCUGUCCCAGUCAGGAGACACUCUGAUGGUUGGGGAAGGCCAGAGGGGGCUUAUCUGCCACCCUAAAUCAACACCACAGCUUUUCCAGAGUACACAGAAAUUGCUCCAUAGGUAAACCGGAGAGCAGGUCCUGUGAGCAGUCCAACCACAAAGUGACCCCACUUGCCUCACUUCUGGGACUUUUAUUUAAUCCUAGAAUAAACACGUUCCCCUGACACAAACACGGGGAGCUGUUACACAAAAAUAAACUGUUACAAAUCAA